AUGGACGCCCACAAAUCAAAGACGUCGCACAAGCUCGUUCAGACUUUUCUUUUUUUCACAUUCUUCCUCUUGUUCCUCAAAAGCAUCACACGAAUACCUCAGCAUACUCGUACAGAAGAGGAUGAUACAAACACAUUUGCUGAUAAAGGCCCGCAGAGCCAAAUUAGGGGUAUCCCCUAUGACAAGAGAGCAUACGCCCUAAAGGUGGACUUCGCCUCUGAAAAGUCUGGAACAAAGAUCAUCGCUCAAAGUGAAUCGCUAGCACACUUGAGAAACAUUCAGAACAAUGACAGGGAUCGAUAUAUGCUGGCCCCGUGCAAGACAACCGACUGGUUCAUUCUCUCGUUUCCGGAGAACAUCUUCGUCCAGCAAGUUUCUCUCUUGUCAUACGAAGAUUAUGCAUCCACUUACAAACGCAUAAGGAUAUCGGCAUCGAACUACUACCCAUCUACCAAUUUUAGGGUCUUGGCAGACUUGGAGGUUAGCUCGUCAGAAAGGGAAAUUUUUGAUAUUUCUGAGUAUUGCAACCAAGGAAACAAUGACUGUUGGACCAAAUACUUAAAGGUAGAACUGUUAGACUACCACAGGGGAGACAAUUACUAUUGCACUGUGACUAGUAUGCACAUUUACGGAGCAACUGCCCUUGAGGUACUAGAGAACGAAAUUGAAAAUGAAAAGUACCUGGUAGACAUACCAGAACAUGCAUUUACUGACAAAAAACAGGAUGAAAAUAGAGUUGAGGAGCUAAAUACGGUUUUUGAUAAUACAAGAAAUGAACGUACUUUAUCAAAGUCUAUAGAGGCGUCGGAUAAGGCCCUGGUUCAGGCCAAUUCUGAUACUUUAACAGAAAAUCAAUGUGAUAAAACACUGAUUAAAGGUACAAAAUAUAAGUUUUUAAUGAACCUGGCAUGUAACCAGAAAAAUGAAUACAAUCGCAGGUUGGUGAGCAGAGUAACACAACGUGUUAGUAGCAGAGGAAAAAUUCCACAACAUUCACGGACUCAGUGUAUCAAGGCACUUGGAAGUCUUUCUGCUAGACAAACAAAUAGAUUUUACCGCAUGUUAGAUCAUGUAAAACUUCCAAAAGAGUCGGGGUGGUUUGAAAGGGUAAUAUACGAAUUUGUAAAGGGCAACCUUUUAUCUUGUGAUUCACAAACAUUUUCAAAGAAUGCGCCUAUUUUGGUAUGUAUACAGUCGCCCGGAGUGAUUUCCAAAUUCAGCUGUUUCUCGUAUGUGAAUUCACACAUUGUAGAUGAUUCCUCUAAAUUUUCCCAUUCUGGCUCAAAACAUUUGACUUGUACACUGAAAAGACAUUCUCAGUGGUUAAAGAUAGCUUCAAGGCCACUUUUGAGGACUGGAAUAUAUUUUUGGUACUUGGGUGAUAACAAGUUCUUAAGAAGUGUUUUGUCCAUCAAACAUUUUGCUUCUAGAAUACAAUACAAAAUUUCUGAUCGUUUCAUAUCUUCCCUAUCCAUAUCUGAUAAUAUGAUGACUCUUUCAAUCAAUGAAAAGGAAGUCUUUAGACGAACUAAAAACCCAGAUGGAUUUUUAAGGUAUGUUACAGAACGUCUAGACCAUAGACUCAAGUAUCUCAAGAAACUACAACAGACUACAUCUUCUAGUGAAGACAAGAAUAAUACUAGUGAUUACCAAGAACAUGAGAAAUCACGUGGCAAAAAGCACGUUCUUUUAAAGUUGUCAGAAAGGAUUAAAAUGGUUGAAUUUUUAUCCAACAAACUUAGUUCCAAAGUUUUUGAGAAUGAACGUAUUCUUAAUGUUUACCUUACACGUUUGGUAGACUUGAAACUUUCUCUUGGAAAUUUUGAAACCCUAUUGGAUAGGGUAAAUGAGUGGCAGGUUCAAAUGCAAAGCGAAAUGAGUCACAUGGUCAGAGUUUGGGGCGUAGACCAGUUUUCUAUCGUAGUAAAGAGAGGAAACGACAAAUUUCACCUACCUGGUCACUUUGGUGGUACUUUUGGAAGAUUUGAUAUUCACAUUGUAACGUUUAAUGUCUAUGAAUUCAAUCGCAACUUCAAGUCAAAAGUAUGUAGUAUAGACAAAUGCAAGCCUGCCAGUGGCAGAUGUAAGGGGGUAUAUUUUGCUCACAAAUUGAGCAUAUUCCAGAGGGCCUUCAAUAAAUAUGCACUACUAACUUGCUACAGUACCUUUGGAUGUACAUGUACCUCUGCAUAUUAUGAUGGCAAAUCCCUCCUGUUAUGGAUUCCACAUUUCAAGAGUAAGGAUUCAUACAAACUCACAUCUUAUGGAGAUUCAGACUACUUGAAAGUGGGUAUGUACAAUAUAAAGAAUCUACGAGAAAGUAUUAAAAACAUAUUUAACAUUCACGUCUUGACUAUCGUAUUUGUGAUUAGCCAGAUAUUCUGGAUAUACCAGUUGUCUCGCAUAAAUAGGUUACUUUACGAGAGACGAACAUCUUAG